AGAGCAAAGGAAAGAUCACUGAUUAAUGGCCCGCGACUCGAUCAGCUGGAGAAAAACGAGUCGCGAGUCGGCCGAGCAAUGGCCGCCUUUUCCAACCAGCUCCGACCGAACUCGCGUUCGUCGCGAAACCCGGAAACUCGUUUAUUUAACGCCGAUUGUUUUUGCCCUGGCAUCCUUGGAGCGGCCUUGCUCCCCCAUUGCCGCGGAUUUCGAAAUCGAGCACUCGCGCCAUGACCUAAACUCCGAAACUCGCCGCGGAGAGACACGUGGGAAUCCCGGAUGAGAUAUUUAAAAAAAGCCCAUUUAGUUCUAUCUUUUAGAAGAAAAAAAAACGUCAUUCAAAUGUGCGCCAAAUUAUCUAAGACUUUAACACGCGAUUAUGGGGACUCUGAGGAAGAAUGCGCUCCCCGUGAAAUUUCAUUUUUCGAAAAAAAAAAAAGAUAUAUCGACUCCACUAUCACAUCGCCUUAAAAUACACUUCUCGGCAAAGAAACUGCAGCACCUGAAAUUCAAAGCUGUGCAUACCUGAUAACCACACACCGUUUGUCAUAUCGAAAUGAAAGCUAACGACAGUACCUCGGAUCUUAUUUUCAGGCGCGAUCUUUUGCAUCAGUUACCCAUUGUUCUCAUUUCAUGUGUCUUAAAGAAACUUUUCACGUGCGCUUCACCAUUUGUCGUUCUUGGCCUCCGGCGUUACGGGAGUAACAGUCCAAGACGUGGAAAGACGUGGAAAGACGUGGAAAGAACUGCGAUUUAUCAACUACGAUCUGGGAGUUACUGCUACGGUGCUUUUUUACACUCUUUACAGCGCUUUUAUGGGCGAACAUGGCGAACAUGGCUAUGGCAGUACUUCGGACUGUUCAGAAAUGACGAGCAAGCAAGUUACGAAGUUUCCGAAGGACAUGUGGAAUUUACUUGGACCGAGUCGCAAUAUUAAAGGAUGUACGUAGUCGGAAACAAGUCUGGACGUUCAUUGGUCCGCGGUUUCGAUCACUCGAUCGAUCACACUUAUCAUUUAAUCCGCGUCGUCGAGGCGUGUCGCACAUGAAUCGAGGACAACUUCAAGGAAGAUUCUCCGGGGAGCCUUCCUUGUCACGUAGCCGGAGUUCCCGUGACACCGUGUCGGUCGGUGAUCGUUAUGGAUUUCCUCGUAAAAAUAAACAUCGACUCUAAUUAUUAAUGGGUCCGUCGACUAGGUAUUACACAAGGCCUCGCAACUCCAGGGUUACUUUUCUCCUCCGCCAUCGACCGGCCUGAGGUGAAGAAAGAAAAUCGAAACCUGCACUUCCGACGCAUCCCGA